AUGGUUGGUUUUAGUGAAGAGACUGAAAUGCUUAUAGAGAAACUUGUGACAGGACAUCGGCAAUUAGAUGUGAUCUCAAUUUUUGGAAUGCCAGGACUAGGAAAAACAACUUUGGCUAAGAGAUUGUAUGAUCAUGAAGCUAUUUCAAAUCGCUUCUAUAUUCGCUUAUGGUGUUGUUCUUCCCAAUCUUAUGAUAAGAGAGCUCUCUUGUUUGAAUUAUUGGGUCAUAUUUGUGAGCUUGAUGAUAUUACCAAAGAAAAAAGUGACGAUGAGCUAGCUGAGAAGCUAUACAGAUAUCUGAAGGGAAAGCGGUACCUUAUUGUUGUGGAUGAUAUGAUGAUAAACGAAGUAGNUCAUUUGAAGUAUUUGGAGCUGCGGCUGUAUUCUAAUUACAUUCCGAAUACAAUAUGUAACCUGAAGGAGCUGGAGACAUUUAUAGUGACCGGAAUCUAUCGUAAAGCCUGCAUCCCAAAAUCCAUUUGGGAUAUGACAAGCUUGAGACAUCUGCAUAUAAGUUGUCUAUGUACCUCUCAACUAUUAGAGGAUCUUAACAACAUGAGAACAUGUUCCGAUCUGGUUAUUUUUCCUGGGAUGCAUUACCAGAAUUUUAUGAAAAGAUUACCCAAUCUUGAAAAGCUCAGUUGUCAAUUAUAUGGUUCAGGAAAGUCAUCUAGCAAUUUCUUUCCUAGUUUUGACUCUCUCAGUCAACUAAACUCUCUCAAGAUUGAUUUCUCUGGGGAAUUGGUAGAUCCCUAUGGUUUUGAAGAUUUUACAUAUCCAUCAAACCUCAAGAAAUUAACUUUAGCAUGUCUUGAACUCCCCUGGAAUAGAAUCUUAAUCAUCGGCAGAUUAUCCAACCUUGAAGUUCUGAAACUAGAAGGAAAUGCCUUCAGAGGGAAACAAUGGGACGUUAAGGAUGGGGAGUUUCCUAACCUUAAAGUUUUGAAAUUAAAGGAUCUACCAAUAUCAGAAUGGACUGCCUCUGAUGACUCGUUUCCCAACCUAGAGAAAGUACUUGUGCGAUGGUGUUGGAACCUAGAGGAAAUCCCUGAAAGUUUUGGAAGCAAGUGUACGAUGCAAAUGAUUGAGGAAAUGCAAAUUGAGGAGAUGGGAAACUCUGAAUUCAAGGUCAAUAUUUGGAUUUGUGGAAGUCAUGAGAUUUGAUCUGAAGGGUCAGGUUCUUGAAUUAUAUGUAAAUGAAAGGCCCUCUUGUAAUUGGCUUGAUCUUAGAGUUCAGACAUACAGAGGUAGAUCACUGGUCUUUUCUCUUUUAAGUAGCUUUUUUUUUCGUUUGUGAGAUAUUGUUUAUUUUAAGGGAAACCUUGGCGUAAUUAGUAAAGUUGAUGUUAUGUGACCAGGAAGUCACAUGUUCUAGCCGCGGAAACAGCCUCUUACAGAAAUGCAGGGUAAGAUUGCCUACAAUAGACCCUUGUGGUCCAGCCUUUCUCAAGACCCCGAGCAUAGCGGGAGUUUAGUGCCCCAAGAUAGUUUAUUUUCUGCUAGCAUUUUCUUGUUCUACCAGACUAUUAUAGUAGGAGCAACAACUAGAGUAAUUUUCCCUGUAUGCCGCACGUGCUGCUUUCAAAAUUAAGAAACAACAAACUGAAGAGAUGGUGAUUUCUGAGAUCAUUAGCUGGCGGUGCAAGUCAUGAGUUUUGGUCAGAAGGGUUGUUCAGAUGUAUUAGAUGUGAUUAUCAAUUUGCUAGCAGUGCAACAAACUGUUUCCAUGAUUGAGAAAGAUAUUUAUCGAGGAAUAAAAGAAGAAAUAUAAAUGAAAUUGCUGAAGA